GCGUAGCGGACGGCGUAGGCGGAUGGCGGGCCUGGGGGAUUGAUCCUGGCGAGUUCUCCAACUCCCUGAUGCGCGUCAGCGAGCGUCUGGUCAGGACGGGGAGCUACACGGCCUCCGACCCCGCGGCCAUCAUCGCCAGGGCGUAUUACGAACUCCUGGAGAACAAAACGCACAUCCUGGGGAGCAGCACGGCCUGUGUUGUCGUCCUGCAGGGUGAAGCUGGCCAGUUGUACUCGGCGAACAUCGGGGACUCUGGCUUCCUGGUCGUCCGGGAUGGCUCCGUGGUCCACCGCUCACAGGAACAGCAGCACUAUUUCAACACCCCCUUCCAACUCUCCCUCCCACCUCCUGGCACCAACGCUCAGGUCCUUAGCGACAGACCCGAGAGCGCCGAGACUCGAGAAUUCUCUGUGAAGGAGGGGGACGUGCUGAUGGUCGCCACCGACGGGGUGUUCGAUAACCUCCCCGACUCCACCAUAGUCAAAGAAAUGGUCAAAGUGCAAGGCUCCACAGAUUUAUUAUUACUGCAACAAGCUGCCAACUCGAUCGCACAGCAAGCCAGAAAAUUGGCUUUCGACGAAGAUUAUAUGUCUCCAUUUGCCCGAAACGCAAGAGAAAAUGGCAUAAAUGCAAUAGGUGGUAAACCAGAUGACAUAACUGUUGUAUUGGCAACAAUCACACUUUAGACUGUGCGGGGCCCCAGGAACCCAUGACGAAAUCUCUGCAUCAUCCAGACAUGUGCACAUACUCCACCAAGUCUUACAUGCCUGCAAGAUAUUUGUUGCAUCCUUGUUCUCUGAUUUUUGAAACGAAACCAGAAAGCAGCUUUUCACUUUAUGAACGAGGGGAAAAAUGUACUUCAGCGAUGUUGUUUUAUGGAAACUCUUUUGCUAUAUGUUGGUUGUAAUUUAAUCCUGAACGCUGCAUGAUGCUUGAGGUACCCAUAGAAGAAUCUGGAAAGGAAGUCUCUGACAGCCUAUAAUUUCAUGAAGUUAGAAUGUUGAUAUCAUUUUCAUGUAAAUUAACAUUUUCAUAGUAGCCUUUUCAUGGUUGUCAGAAUUACUUGAAAGGUAGUAAUGAUUAGUCAUCCUGUUUAUACAUAUCUGAUAGAUUUUUUUUUAAAACAAGGUUGAACAGGGUUGUUGAAUAGUAACCAUUAUCAUUCAGGGUUUACUGAUAAACAUUUAUGUAUCAUCUCACCACUUGUAAUAGGAACAGUAAGAACACAGCAUGAAUUUGAACAAACUGAACAGAAAUAAAAAAAAGAGAAAAAUCCAAAUUUAUGCUGUGAUCUUCUUUCUGAAUAUAAUAAUAGCUACAUUCCAUACCCUCUACUUCCCAGCACCAAACGUUCAUUGUUUAUUUUACCCCAUGGUAUAUAAUUAUGUAUGGGCCAGAGAUCACACUAACAUUUUAAAGCUCCAAUGUACAGAAGUAAAUGUUCAGCUGAGCUUUCCGUAGUCAAAGAAUAGUAGUACAUUAUUUUAUGCUAUAGAUGUCAAUUUUUGUAUUUAAUGGUUUAGACAUGAUUGUAUACCUUGGACUGUAAUUCAUCACCUUGUUCAUACUACAAGUUACAUGGGACACUGGGACAUUCUACAAAACACUUAACCUCAAGGAAGAGUUAAGAGAAAUGUCCUGUUUUUUUAAUUACUGCAAACUGUUAUUGCCAAAUCCCCUGACAUGGAAAUAAGAUCAGGCCAAUAGUAUUAAUAAACUAUAAACACAAAUUGAUUUAAUAUGUAUUUAAGCAUGCCACUUUUAUGUGUGGCUAGUGGUUAUAGUUUAUUAAGAUUUCUGGUUUAACAUAUUUCAUAAAUUGAAAGAUGUCCUUAUAAAGUGCAAUUCCUCAUUUUUGUCAUUCAGUCUAGUCAAAUACCAUUAAUGCCAUUAAAUAUUCAUUCAUGCACACUUUAACAGUGUUGUAUAAUGGGUUGUAAAGACAUGAGAUUUCCCAGCCCUGUUGUGGAGCAUCAUCUGAUAGCAACAACUUCAGUACAUUUUAGUUAUGAAAAGUGAAGAAUGUUUCAUAAAAGAAAAAAGGAAACUUUUAAAAAUAAACCUGAAUAUAUGACAGUAGGAUUUUCUUUCUUGCCACAGGUUUAGUGCACACAGCUAAAAAACAACAAUAAUGAUAUGUAUCACAGUCUGCUUAAACUUUCUGGGGCCCCAACACCAUAGCGUCAGGACCAGUUCAGUAGUAGUGAGCCAGUGUUCUCACUUAGGUACGUAGUACUCAUAGAUUAGGUAGUUGUACUGUUAUGGCAGAUUAGGAAAGAUUUGUUAUAUCUUG